UCUGUGUGUGGCUGGGUUUAAUGUUGAUUUGACAACCUGCUGAUAUAUCCUUUAAAAUUGCAUUAAAUAUUUAGAUUUAGUUAUUAAUGCAAUUUAUGGACGAAAAUGAUUGAUUAUGUUUGUUAAAAGGCUUACUGAUUUAAAUGUGGAUUGUCUCCUCAAUAUAUUUCGCUAUUGUAGUGAGACGGAUCUGAUAAAUUUGUGUAAAGUUUCAAACGUUUUGCUUCAAAUAAUAGAGGAAAAUGUAUUUUAUGUGCAAUCACUUGAUUUAUUAAUGUGUGGACAUCGCAAUCAACCAAAUAUACAACAAAGAACGGAGCUGCCAUUGUCUUAUUUUGGACGUAUAACCAUUUCUAAGAACUGGGUUGAGGGCCGAUACAGGGAACGGGAAUAUUUUCAUCAUUCGCGAAUGUUUGCUAAAAAACUUCAUUUAGAACGUAAUUGGCUUUACAUAUCACAUUCUUCUAUGAUACGAAAACAUCGGCGGAAACCUUUAGAAAAGCGAUACCAUCAAGAAAUCGGUUCAAAUGCAAAGUCCGAUAUUGCAGACUUUGUGAAAAAGCAAGAUACUAUAUUUGCCGGUCGUAUCUGUGGAAGUUGUUUUAUUUGUGAAAAUGAUUCUGUAACUGAACAACGUAUGCAUACAUCAUGUGAAUAUUUGUACAGUGUGGAUUUUGUAAAUGACUUGUAUGUAACAAGCACAGAUCAAUUUGGAAAAUUAUGGAGGAAGAAUAACGAAUUUAGCUUAAUACAUUUUGACUUGUUGCAUAUAAUAAAUAAUUCCUAUAAAGUUAUUAAAUUGAGCCACGAUGGUUCCGCCCUUUUUGGAGGUUUAUAUACUGACAUUAAUCGGAAAGCGUUAAGAGAAAUUGACGUAGAAACCGGGAAACAAACUACUCUUAAUUCCAAUACAAUAUCUAUAUAUGAUCUCAAAUUGAAGGAUGACAAUAUUUUAUUUACUGCUAAUUUUGACACAACAUUUCGUAUGUUUGAUCGCCGCACGAACCGUGAUGAAGCAAUUUGGGAAGAUCCAUUUGACUCUUCAUUUUAUUGUCUAGAGUAUGAUGGCUUAUAUUCAGUACUUUGUGGUGCAAAAUAUCAUAGUCGGGUUAAUCUUUAUGAUAUACGUGUACCUGGGAAGUAUAUUCAAUUGUAUUUUCCUCAGCGGUAUUCUCGCCAACGUGCCUGCAGCUCUCCAGUAUAUAGUAUUGCAUGUGAUAGUCGUUAUUUGUUUAUUGCAACCGAUCAUAGCUUACGAGUGUUUGAUUUCAAAACGGAAGGCAUAGGUAAUACGGCCCAAGAUUAUCGUAAUAUUUUUAGUGAAAUUCAAAGAUGUAAUUAAUUUGUAGUUGCACUGAUGCAAAUAAUACAUCUAUGGCCUGUAACUAUCAAGUUAAAUGCCUUCUUUUAGAUUUUAUUUCAUUGUUAUUGGAUUUAAAUUAAAUUUGAACUAAAUUUUGUUGCGUUUUAGCAAGAUGUUUUUGAAGAAAAUACAUAUAAAACAAAGUAUUCGUGUAAAAAGUAAUGUAGUCAUUUUUUAACAAUAUUAAAAAUUAAACUGAAUACCAAUGUAGCCUGUUAAAAUGAUUUAUGGACAUUUUAUAUAUGCAUUGGUGCAAAAAAUAGCAUGUAUAAAAAAACUAAACAAAACAAAACUGUAUGGAAAACUCUUUCCAGAUAAGAUCUUCACUGCUUUUUUUGUAUGCUAAGUGUAUGGCUGUUUCGGUUUGCUUGGCAUUUUUUGCAUAAUAAUUUCUAGUACAUAAUUCUUAAUAUAUUUAGU